AUGGAGGAAACACAGGCGAGAAAAAGGGUUCUGUUUGUUCCCGUUCCAGCUCAAGGACAUAUUUCUUCAAUGAUGCAAUUUGCGAAAACCCUUCACUUGAAUGGUUUAUUAAUUACAGUUGCUCAAACCAAGUUCAACUACUUAAGCCCUUCAGGUGACUUAACUGAUUUUGAGUUUGUUACCAUUCCAGAAAGCUUACAAGAGUCUGCUUUCGAGAAUCUCAGGCCAAUACUGUGUCUGCUUAAGCUCAACAAAGAGUGUCAGGUGAGCUUCAGGGACUGUUUGGGUUAG